AUGGCGUCCAACAAGAAGAGCAGCCUCACGGGCUAUCUGCCCGACAUCCUCAUGGCCGCCGCCGCCCCUUUGAUUGCCUACUUUGUCAUCCGCAACCUCCUCACGCGCCUCGACCCAGAGGCCCAACAAAAAGAAGAAGCCCGUGCCAAAGCAUCAGCCGCCACCCGCAAACUCGACGCCAUCCUCACCUCGAAGAAGCGGCGGAAAAGCUAUGGCGAGUACGACAGCGACGCGGAUACGACCGACUCGCGGCACAGACGGCCGCGCAUACAGGACCUCCAUUUGACCACGUAUGAGCAGACGAUUGCCAUGGAAGUGGUUGCGCCCGAGGAGAUACCCGUAUCGUUUGAGGACAUUGGCGGCUUGGACUCGAUCAUCGAGGAACUCAAGGAGUCGGUCAUCUAUCCCCUCACCAUGCCACACCUUUAUUCGCACAGCUCGUCCCUGCUCAGCGCCCCCUCGGGCGUCCUGCUCUAUGGUCCCCCUGGCUGUGGAAAGACGAUGCUUGCGAAAGCGCUGGCGCACGAGUCGGGCGCCUGCUUCAUUAAUCUGCACAUUUCCACCCUGACGGAGAAGUGGUACGGCGAUAGCAACAAGUUGGUCAAUGCCGUCUUCAGCCUGGCACGCAAAUUGCAACCAAGUAUCGUCUUCAUCGACGAGAUUGACGCUGUCCUUGGCCAAAGACGGAGUGGAGAGCACGAAGCAAGUGGCAUGGUAAAGGCAGAGUUCAUGACCCAUUGGGACGGCCUCGCCUCCAGCACCACCUCUGGCACCUCGACUCCUCAGCGGAUAUGCAUUCUCGGUGCUACGAACCGCAUCCAAGACAUUGACGAAGCCAUUCUCCGUCGCAUGCCCAAGAAAUUCCCCGUCGCCCUCCCCAACGCCUCCCAACGCCACAACAUCUUUUCCCUCAUCCUCCGCGACACAAAAAUCGACGCCCCCAACUUUGACAUGGAUUACCUCGUCCGCGUCUCGGCCGGCAUGAGCGGGUCCGACAUCAAAGAAGCGUGUCGCGAUGCAGCCAUGGGCCCGGUACGCGAGUACAUUAGACGCAAGAAGGCAGAUGGCACAUUGAAGAGCAGUCGUCGGGCUGUUGCAGCUGCAGAUGUGAGAGGGCUGAGAACAGAAGACUUUUUUGGAAGGGGAAAGGGGUUGAGGGAGAUCAACGAGGUGGAUGAUACGCGGGAGGAGAUGAAUGCGAGGGUGAGGGGUAUGGGAGGGAGUGCGGGAAGGGUGCAUACUACAGAAGAAGAGGAGGAGGAGAGUAGUGCAAGUGCAAGUGAGGCGACGGCGAGCUCGGAUGAGAGAUUUAGAGAUUCGGCGUAUCAGGACGCUAAUGUUGAGGCUGCGGUCGUCCGGUGA